AUAAGUAAUAAGUUAUGAAUCAGGGAGGACAUUAUUCUAGGGUUUAAGCGGCGGCGAUGGCAAUGUUGAUGCAGCGAUGGGGGACGACGGCGAAACGACUGCUGGUCCUGACGGCUGAGCAGCGGUGUGGUUUCUCAUCAUCAUCGGCGCCUGUGUUGUGCGGUAGGGGGGAUAAGAAGACGAAGAGGGGGAAGAUUUUCAAAGGAAGCUACGGAAACUCCAGGCCCAAAAAGGAGAAGAAGAUUCAACGAAUCAAGGACAAGCUCGAGCUCCCCAGGUCUACUCCAUGGCCUCUUCCUUUUAAACUUAUUUGAUCUCUUCCUCUUUUCUUUCUUGCUUCUUUCUUUCUUUGUCAAAAAAAAAAAAAAAAUACUAAUUAACUAAUGUGCUUGCUUGCUACUGAAUAAUCCUUUCUUUAUCCAGCUGUGCUUUCGAUUUCUCUUUUAUAUUCAAUCAGUCUCUUAUAA